AUGGCACCAAAUGAGCUGUACCAGUACUCGGUGCUCUCCGCGCUCAUGAGUGGCGCCGCACAAUCUGGCGUCCCCUUGUCGCAGAUUCUGAGCCACGGGAACCACGGCCUGGGCACUUUUCAAAGCCUGCAAGGCGAGAUGAUUGUCCUCGACGGAUCAGCGUACCAGAUGAAAUCAGACGGAUCCGUCAUCCCCAACCUUGAAAGAGACCACGGCGAUCAAAUCAUCCCUUUUGCCAUGAUCACCUCCUUCCAGCCCUCCGUCACCGAGACCAUCACCUUUGACAGCAAGCAAGACCUCGCAGACAAGAUAUCAGCCCUGCUCCCCAAGACGCAAAACCACUUCCUCGCAUUCAGAAUCGACGGCGAAUUCUCGCAAGUCAGCGUCCGCACAGUCGGCGGCCAGCUCUCACCGCACGAAAAACUCGUCGACGUCGGCAAACGCCAGGCAACACACACCUUUUCGUCGAUAAGGGGGUCCAUCGUAGGGUUCCGCUCGCCGGCGUACUUCCAGGGCAUCAGCGUCGCCGGCGACCACAUGCAUCUGAUUUCCGAGGAUCGCAAGUUUGGGGGCCAUUUGCAGGCUUGUCGGGCGACGGAGCGGGUGACGCUUGGGGCGGCGACGAUUCAUCGCUUUGAUCUGCAGUUGCCCCAGGAUGAUGAUUUUGGAGAUGUUGACCUUGCUGUUGAUAAUGAAGGGAUUCAGACGGUUGAGGGGUAG